AUUUUGUUGGGUCUACUGAGGUGAGUACCAUAGCUUUGAAAGAUCUUUCCCUCCAACCUUUAUUCCACCUACAAGAGAAAGAAAACCCUUCUAUAUUUACAAACCCUAAAUCUCAUUUUAGUUUUAUCUUUUCUCCUGAUAUGCAAUGAUUUGGUUGUGGCAGUUUUGAUAGUAUCAGUUGCUUCUCACUGCUAAUUGUUACUAGUGAUCAAUUAUUCUUCGAAAAAUGCUGCAAAUAGGAGGGUUUUAUCCUUAUUUCAUCUUCAUCCGUUUUAUUGAUUAAGGCUGGAACACUAUCCAGUUUGGUUUAGAUUCAUAGAACUCCAGGUUUCGAAUGGUUAUUUCUGGUUUGGCCUAAUAAAAAAAAGGGGAAUUCUUGAGGCGUUAAUUGUGUGAGUUUCUGCUGUUCGGAUGAUCUGAAAUUGGAAUUCUUGGGGAAGUUUUUUGUUGCCUUUCGUUGAAUCAGCCAUGUCGGAGGAUAUGCUUAUCCAUUUCUCCUCAAAUUCUUCAAAUCAGUCGAACCCAUCUCUGCCGACAAAGCUGGCGAAGCUCGAAGCUAGGAUGGCAGGGAAGGCUUCCUUGGCCACACCCGUGCAGGCAACCUGGUCCUCUGUUUCAUCGGCUAAAUUUGGAGUCAUGGAGGAUUCUGCUGAGCCUUCGGUUUCAAGUGAUUCUGACGAUGAUAAUGGAGGUGAGUUUCUUAUACAACACAACACUCAGAAACGGCAAAAGUUUCAGGAAGACGACCCUUCAUCUGUUUUUCAACAGUCUGAGGGUGUAGCUGAAGGACGAAUAAAGAAUGUUGAUACCAUGGAUGUGAAAACUAGUUUGGAUGAAGCAAAUAGGAAAAAGCAAGGUCGUGGCAGGGGACGUCCUGUAUCAAGCAGGGGACGUGGUUCAAGGGCUAAUGAUCAAGUGCGUAGGCAAGUUUCUCCUUCCACUGUAUCACCAUCAAAUGGCCAGCUUGAGAAUUCAUCGCAAAAGGAGAAUAAGCCUCAAGUGCAGCUUGGGAAGGAUUAUAAGACAAAUUUGGAGGAGGAUGUAGCAUCUUUACGUGCAAGAGUUACAUCAUUGGAGGAGGAUCUCCGUAAAUCUCAUCAAGAAGCAUCUGAUCAUCAACAGCUUUGCCGCCAAUUAGAGAAGGAAUUGAGAGAUUUUAAAGACCAUGAGCAGAAAAUGAAGCCAAAGAGAAUAAAAUUGAUAUCUGAUCUCCUGAUGUCCGUUUCGAAAGCAGAGCGGCAAGAAGCAAGAUUAAAAGUACGCCAGGAGUCUUUGAGGCUUGGAAAUGUGGCUGUAAUCAGAGCUGGAACUGUUAUAUCUGAGAUGUGGGAGGACGGGCAAGUGUUGAAGGACCUCAAUGCCCAUCUUAGACAUCUAUUGGAAACUAAGGAGGCUAUUGAACGAUAUCGGAAGUCGUUGAAGAAACGGCAGUCUGAUAAGGGCGAAGGGAUUGAUGCUGAAACAGGGACAUCAGAAGAAGAUUAUCUCAUUCAGGAAGAGAUUUGUAAAUCCCGUCUAGCAAGCAUCAAACGUGAGGAAGAAACUUCAUUGCGUGAGAGGGACCGUUAUGAACUUGAGAAGGGAAGGCUUAUACGUGAAAUGAAGCGUAUAAGAGAUGAGGAUGGCUCUCGUUUCAAUAAUUUUCAAAUUCUGAAUCAUCGAUAUGCCCUCUUAAACCUUCUUGGGAAGGGAGGAUUCAGUGAGGUUUACAAGGCAUAUGACUUGGUGGAGUAUAGAUAUGUCGCAUGCAAGUUGCAUGGGUUGAAUCCCCAAUGGAGUGAAGAGAAGAAGAAAAGUUACAUACGGCAUGCAAUUCGAGAAUACAACAUUCAUAAGAGCUUGGUGCAUAAUCACAUUGUGCGACUCUGGGAUCUCUUUGAGAUUGAUCAGAACACACUCUGCACUGUUUUGGAGUACUGUAGUGGUAAAGAUCUUGAUGCAGUUCUUAAAGUGACACCUAUAUUGCCAGAGAGGGAAGCUAGGAUUAUUAUAGUUCAGAUAUUUCAAGGUCUUGUAUACUUGAACAAACGGCCGCAAAAGAUUAUCCAUUAUGAUUUGAAGCCAGGGAAUGUUCUGUUUGACGAGGUUGGAGUAGCCAAAGUGACUGACUUUGGUCUAAGCAAGAUAAUGGAAGAUGAUGUUGGAUCCCAGGGCGUGGAACUUACUUCCCAGGGAGCUGGAACAUAUUGGUACUUGCCUCCAGAGUGCUUUGAGCUCUCCAAGACACCACUCAUAUCAUCUAAGGUUGAUGUUUGGUCAGCUGGUGUACUUUUGUACCAAAUUCUCUUUGGUAAACGCCCUUUUGGGCAUGACCAGACUCAGGAGCGGAUACUUCGUGAAGAUACUAUUAUUAAAGCACGCAAAGUGGAGUUCCCUUCUCGGCCCGCUGUUUCAAAUGAAGCAAAGGAUCUUAUACGUCGAUGCUUAACAUAUAACCAAGUCGAGAGGCCUGAUGUUCUAACAAUAGCUCAGGAUCCAUAUCUCUCUUAUGCAAAGAAAUGAUGUAGAAGAAUGCCUCAGAUAAUGGACCCAGAACACAAAUGACAUACUUGGAUCAUCUUUGGAGGCAAUAAAAUACUGAAAUACCUGCAUGGAAAUCUGUAAAUGUUGUACAGUGUUUUUGUAUUUUUGUUGCUUUUCUUUUGCAGUUUCCGAAGAUCAAUUGUUGCUAAAUUGUACAUGUGUUUCAUUUUUGGCUAAUGAAAUUUAGGCUCCCAUUU